AUGUCCAAAAUCACCGUCGCCGUCGCCCAAGCACGCACCCACGCAACCCUCCCCGCCACCCUCGCCGCCCUCUCCCGCAUCACCCACCACGCCGCCGCGCGCGGCGCCCACCUCCUGCUCUUCCCCGAAGCCUACCUGGGCGGGUACCCGCGCACGGCGACGUUCGGGUGCGCGGUGGGGGCGCGCGCCGCGCACGGCCGCGACCAGUUCCUCGCGUACUUCAAGGCCGCGGUGGACCUGGGGGACACGCCUGCGGGGGCGGGCGAGGCGUGGGUGCGCAAGACGCUGGCGGUGGCGGAGGGGAGGAGCGAGCGCGGGGAUGGGACGAGGGAGGCGCUCGAGAAGGUUGCGGCUCAGACCGGGGUGUUUCUGGUCGUGGGCGUGAUCGAGCGCGCCGGCGGUAGUCUGUAUUGUUCGGUUGUGUAUGUUGAUCCCCGGCGCGGUUGUGUCGGGAAGAGGAGGAAGGUUAUGCCUACCGGCUCCGAACGUCUCAUCUGGGCCCAAGGCUCGCCGUCGACGCUGCGCGCCAUCACGACCACCCUGAACGGCCACCGCGUGACCCUCGCCGCCGCCAUCUGCUGGGAAAGCUACAUGCCGCUGCUGCGCCAGAGCCUGUACGCGCAGAACGUGAACCUCUAUCUUGCGCCGACCGCCGACGCCCGCGACACCUGGCUGGCGCUCAUGCGCACCGUCGCCUGCGAGGGCCGCGCCUUCGUCCUCUCUGCGAACCAGUGCGUGCGGUAUGAUGAGUUGCCCCGGUGGAUUACCGCGGCGGGGGAGGAGGAGGUUGGACCUGGGCUGGGGCCUGGAUUUGUGCCGCAUGCAGACGACUUCGUCUCGCGCGGCGGCUCGUGCAUCGUCGGCGCCCAGGGCGAGGUCCUCGCCGGCCCCAUCUGGGAGGUCUCGGCGGAUGAUGCGCCGGACUCGACGGCGACGGCGACGGCGAGCGCACCCGGCGGUGUGCCCGGCGGCAAUGCUGUCGGGGACGGGCUGCUGCUGGCCGAGAUUGAUCUGGACGACUGUGAGCGCGGGCGCCUGGAUGUGGAUGUCGCGGGGAGUUAUUCGCGGAACGAUGCGUUUCGGCUGACCGUCGAGGGGCUGGAUUUGAGUCCGCCGCCUUACUGA